GGACGGUAGGCUUGGCCAUUUCAGGGAGGGUGUGGGAUGCACAAAUGACUGGUGCUUGACUCUUCUAGAGCCCUUGCCCUGUGGGGAGAGGUGUAGGCCAGGCCUGAGAUGGGUCUGGGAGAGAGAGGCCACAUGUGGGAAACCCUCAGAAUCCCAGCUGCUGCUGUCCAAGAUGCAGAAUUGAGGCCCUUCCCCCUAGAUCUCACCAGCCCCCCACCUCCAGAAUCUCAAGGUCCUUUGGAUUUGAGUCUUCCCCUCCCCCAUUCUGAUGGGCACGAUGGUUGAGCACCUUACUUUUGAGGGGGUCCAGGGAGUCUUUGGGGUUAGGCUACCAUGUGGGGAUCUGAGCCCCAGGAUACCUGCCUCGGCCAGUAACUUCUGAAGUGCCAGGCAGGAGGUGGGAGCAGCAGCCAGGACCGUUGGGCUGCCCACUGGGCAGCUGAAGAUACUGAUACCCAGUAGUGAAGCAGUGUCACAAGACCCCGCAUCAGUUCAGCUGUCAGCCAAGAAAGCCGUCACUCUUCUUACUCCAGAGCAUUGGCGGCACCUGUCAAGGAUUUGAAGCAGGUGGAGAGGGGAUUGAGCUGGAGGGUGGUGCUCCGCCCUGACCUGUAGGCUCCUGGGUCAAUGGCAACGCCUUUCUGAGCUCCCCCUCUGUGACUGCCUCCCAAAGGUGAAGGGUUAAGGCUUUUCUGUCCAACCAUUCAUAAACUGCCCUGCCCAUGUUCCCCAGGGGGAGGAGGAGUUCAGCCUCCUGAACCCCGAAGACAGUCCUCAUCCAUGCCAGGGGGGUGAAGCACAGUGUCAUAGGGCCCAGCCCAUGGGUGGGGAUGGGGACAUCAGAACUGGGUUUGCAUUCAGGCACUGGAUUUGUUCAUUCAAGUAUUUACUCGGUGCCUGCCAUGUACCUGGUAGGAGGUAGGCACAGUGAAACAAACGGGUCCAAAAUGGCUGGGGGUAGAGUCCGGAGGGCGGGAGCAUCGCAGUCAACAGCUCCUGGGCUACCGCUAGGGGGUGGGGCUGAAGGGUCAGAGAUCAAAGCCAGGCAGCCCCUGGCAGAAGUUACCAUUCUGUGGAAGCUUCUCUGAGAAGGGAGCAGGUGCGAUGGGCGUCUGGCUGCGACUGGCCUUUUUACUAUUGCUGCUGCUGGGCCUGGGACAGUCCGCAUGGCCUGCUGCGGUGGCCCUGGCACUGCGCUGGCUCCUGGGGGACUCUAUCUUCUGUGUGCUGCUCGGCCUGGCCAUGCUGGCACGGCCCUGGCUCUACCCCUGGAUGCCCCACUGGCUGAGUCUGGUGGCCGCGGCACUCAUGCUGGCUGUGUUACCUGCACGGCCACCCCCAGGGCUGCGCUGGCUGCCUGCAGACUUGGCCUACAUCUUCAGGAUCCUCCACCUGGGGCUAAACAUCAAGGCGCGCAUGAGCCGCCGGCCGCCCAACACCUUUGUGGAUACCUUUGAGCGGCGAGCACAAGCACAGCCGGACCGGGCGCCCUUGGUGUGGAAGGGUCCGGGGGGCCGCUCGGUCACCUUCAGGGAGCUGGACAAGAGAGCAUGCCAGGCAGUGUGGGCCCUGAAGGCCGAGCUGGGCAGCCUCACAGGCUUGCUUGCUGGGGAGCCUGCCGCCCUCCUAGUGCUGCCCUCCCAGACCAUUCCGGCCCUAGGUUUGUGGCUGGGGCUGGCCAAGUUGGGCUGCCCCGUCGCCUGGAUUAAUCCGCAUGCCCGGGGGGCACCCCUACUACACUCCGUACUGAGCUCUGGGGCUCGGUUGCUGGUGGUGGACCCAGACCUCCAGGAGAAUCUGGAAGAGGUCCUUCCCAAGCUACAGGCAGAGAACAUCCGAUGCUUCUACCUCAGCCACUCCUCCCCCACCCCAGGAGUGGGGGCUCUGGGGGCUGCUCUUGACGUUGCACCCACCGACCCUGUGCCCGCUGACCUACGUGCUCGGAUCACAUCAAAAAGCCCUGCCCUGUUUAUCUACACCUCAGGGACCACUGGACUCCCAAAGCCAGCCAUUGUCACACAGGAACGGCUGCUACAGAUGUGCAAGAUGCUGUCCCUGGGUGGGGUCACAGCUGAUGACGUGGUCUACACAGUCUUGCCUCUGUACCAUGUGAUGGGGCUUAUCCUUGGAAUUCUUGGCUGCCUGGAGCUUGGAGCAACCUGUGUCCUGGCGCCCAAGUUCUCUGCUUCCUGCUUCUGGGAUGACUGUCGGCAGCAUGGUGUGACUGUGAUCCUGUAUGUAGGCGAGGUCCUGCGGUACCUGUGUAACACUCCACAGCGACCAGAGGACCGGACACAUACAAUCCGCUUGGCAAUGGGCAAUGGACUCCGAGCAGAUGUGUGGGAGUCCUUUCAGCAGCGCUUUGGCCCCAUUCGGAUCUUGGAAACCUAUGGCUCCACGGAAGGCAACAUUGGCUUCGUCAACUAUCCAGGGCGCUGUGGGGCCCUGGGCAAGAUGAGCUGCUUGCUUCGAAUGCUGUCCCCCUUUGAGCUUGUACAAUUUGACACGGAGGCUGAGGAGCCUGUCAGAGACAGUCAGGGAUUCUGCAUCCCUGUGGGACUAGGGGAGGCGGGGCUCCUGUUAACCCAGAUAGUGGGCCACCACCCUUUCCUGGGCUACCGCGGGGCACGAGAGCUGUCGGAACGGAAGUUGGUGCGGAAUGUGCGGCGCAGGGGCGACGUUUACUUCAACACUGGAGACGUGCUGGCCAUGGACCGAGAAGGCUUCCUUUACUUUCGGGACCGCCUGGGGGACACCUUCCGAUGGAAAGGUGAGAACGUAUCUACGCGGGAGGUGGAGAGCGUUUUAUCCCUUGUGGACUUCUUGCAGGAGGUGAACGUCUACGGCGUCUCUGUACCAGGUUGUGAGGGCAAGGUGGGGAUGGCUGCUGUGCAGCUGGCCCCAGGCCAGACCUUCGAUGGUCAGAGGAUGUACCAACAUAUACGCACUUGGCUCCCUGCCUAUGCUGCACCUCAUUUCAUUCGUAUCCAGGACGCCCUGGAGAUCACAAGCACGUUCAAACUGGUGAAGUCCCGGUUGGUGCGUGAGGGCUUCAAUGUAGGCGUCAUUGCUGACCCCUUGUUCGUGUUGGACAACCAGGCUAAGACCUUCCAGCCCCUGACACCGGAAACAUACCAGGCCGUGUGCAAUGGAACCUGGAGACUCUGACCAUCUGGCCUGUCCACAUCUGAAGUGGCAGUGCCCAGUGCAGACUACCACUCAUAUUGGCAGGAUCCUCUCCACCACAAAUCUGCUGAGGGUUAUCAUGAAUCGCAGCCUGGCCAUAACCCCAGUUGAAGAGAGUAAGAUAACUGUGGGCCCAGUAGUGGAGUGAGAAUAAACUUGGAUGUGUACACACAUGUCUGCGUGUGUAGGGCUAAGGGCAGGCAGCCUUAAGAUGGGCCAUUUUGGCAUAAAGAUGAUUUUAUGAUAAAAGCAAUAAAAACC